UCUCUUUGUUGUCUGGAACUUUGAGCUCUACAUGAUACCACUGGUUUUGUUGUUACUGUUGACAUGGAACUACUUCUUGAUAAUAUCAGGGAAAGAUAACAGGCAACGUGAUACAGUAGUGGAGGACAUGCUGGAGGACGAGGAAGAAGAAGAUGACAAAGAUGACAAGGACAGUGAAAAAAAGGGAUUUAUAAAUAAAAUCUAUGCCAUCCAGGAGGUUUGUAUCAGUGUCCAGAACAUCCUAGAUGAAGUGGCUUCCUUUGGCGAAAGGAUAAAGAAUACUUUCAACUGGACUGUCCCAUUCUUAAGCUGGCUGGCCAUUGUAGCCCUCUGUGUGUUCACAGUCAUCCUGUACUUCAUUCCACUGAGAUACAUUGUCCUUGUCUGGGGCAUCAAUAAAUUUACAAAAAAGCUUCGGAGUCCAUAUGCAAUUGAUAACAAUGAACUACUUGACUUCCUUUCCAGAGUCCCUUCAGAUGUACAAGUGGUGCAAUACCAAGAACUGAAACCAGAUACUUCUCAUAGCCCAUGUAAAAGGAAGAAAAACAAUCUUGGCUAGCCAGCUCCCAGCACUGAGGAGACCAGCAUCUGUUUGGGAAGAUAAAAGAAAAAGCCUUCAGCCUCAGCAGCAUUUCCUUUCUUCCUGCUUUUUAUUUAUUUUGCCUUUUUAUCAUGAUCGAGAGAAUUUGUAAAUAGUGUACAAAGGCAUAUGUCUUUGAAAAUAUACUUCCAUUGUACAGACUCAAUUUGCUAAAGGUUUAGCUGUUGCUGUGUGAAAGCCUUGUUGGCUGUGGAUAAUAACAUAACACACUGGAACAACAAAUAGAAGCAUGGUAACGUUGGGGGAUAUACACUUCUCUAAUUACAAGUGGAAGCACCAGAAUAUUACAUUAAAUGCUCAGCUGUACCCUGAUUAAAUCUACAUAAAACGUAAAUGUCAAUUUGAUUUUUAAAGUUUUUUUUUAAUGUGACUAUUUUUUAUCUGAAAAGUAAUCCAUUACAGUUGUUUUCUAUGUUUUAUACAUGUCAAAAGAGAAGGGGGGAAUCCCAAAAUCUGAAUUAUGGAACAGAUGCAUUUCAAUUUAACUAAGAUUCUGACUUCAGAUCCUGACUUUCAUUCCUGUGCAAAUUACUGAGAUAUGACUCGGCUUAUUUUAAGCUAAUGAGUGGAAGGUACAUUCACUCUGUCAAGAUAAUCUUUCACACUCUACAAAGAAAACUUCCAAAGCUUCUAUCAUUCCAUCUAAAACCUUAAAAUCUCUACAGGAUUACACAUAAAUACUGCCAGGUUUAUAAAUGAUUGCCUAUCUGAAUUUUUAUACCUACCACUACUUUAAUUUGUACCAAGUUAGCAAGUUAGCAACCCAGUUCAGUUGUCAAAAAUACUAGCAACCUAAAUCCGUGUUGCUUUUGGUGUUUCUGUGCCUCUAAAAAUAUUUAAUACUCAAGUGUUAUCACACACACAAAAAGUACUUGCUUUCUCAUAGAUUACUGAAAUGCUUUAAUGCAUAGUAUGAUUUUUGUUAGUGUGAAUUUUAAUGUAAAGAAUGCUAGUGUGCUAAGUGAUAUGCCAGUGUUUCAUUAUAUUCAUUUAUAGAAAAACUAAUCAAUCGUUCUUGAUAAUAUGAAUGCAUGAAACCUAUUUUGUAAAAAACAAAAAAAAA